AAAUCAUAAUCCGAAAGAGAGGAACCAGAGGAAAAAAAUAUGAAAACGUUAAUGCCAUCUCUUGUGUCAAUUUGUCUCGCACUUCUGGUAAUAUUCGACGGUGGCGAAACCCGACAACAAGAGGUGCCGUUGACGAGCGCAUGCCGGUUCGAGCGGCUCAACAGCCUCGAGCCGACCGAGACGGCGGAGAUGGAGGGUGGUCGGAUGGAGUUCUGGGACCACACCUCCCCCGAGCUCCGUUGCGGCGGCGUGGCCAUGGCUCGAGUCACCAUCGAACCCAAAUCCAUUUUCUUGCCCUCUUUCUUCACCUCCCCUGGCCUCGCCUACGUUGUCCAAGGAGAGGGAGUGAUGGGAAUGGUAAGGCCGGGUUGUCCCGAGACGUACGACGAGGGAGGAAUGGAGGCGGGGGAGACUGGACGACGUCGUUUCGGUGACAUGCACCAGAAAGUGGAGAACUUCCGGCGAGGACACGUGUUCGCUUUGCUCGCCGGAAUAUCUCACUGGUGUUACAACAACGGCGAUUCUCCCGUCGUAAUUGUCCUCCUCCUCGACAUCACCAACCGAGACAACCAUCUCGAUCAGAAGCCAAGGGUGUUUCAAAUAGCGGGAAGUGGAGAGCGAGGAGGAAGAACAGGGAAAGGCCACGUCUGGGUAUCGAGCAAGAACAUAUUCAGCGGUUUCGAUCCGAAGAUCAUAGCCGAGGCGUUCAAGAUCGAUCUUCAGACAGCUAAGAAGCUGCAGAGCCAGAGAGACGACAGAGGAAACAUCGUCCGAGUCAAGGGUAAGCUCCAUUUCGUAUCUCCACGUAUAGAACAAGGUCGGGCGUGGGAGAGAGAUAAUGGAGUGGAAGAGACGAUUUGCUCGGCCAGGAUGCAUGAAAACAUCGACGACCCUUCACGCGCCGACUUUUACAGCUCACGCGCCGGUAGGAUCAGCACUCUCAACAGUUUCACGCUUCCGGUUCUUCGCCUCGUCCGGCUUAACGCCGUCCGAGGCUUACUGUACAGCGGAGGAAUGGUGCUGCCGCACUGGACACCGAACGCGCACACGGUGAUCUACACGACGGGUGGACGAGCGAGAGUGCAAGUGGUGGAUGACAAUGGUCGAUCCGUGUUCGACGGAGAGCUGAGACAAGGUCAGAUACUGUUGGUCCCACAGGGCUACGCUGUCGUGAAACGGUCUGGACAAACCGGGUACGAGUGGGUCGCGUUCAAGACCAAUGACCACGCCAUCACCAACUCGCUCAGUGGACGCACGUCGUACAUGAGGGCCGUACCCCUGGACGUGAUCUCGGCGGCGUACGGAACAUCCGAGGAAGUGUCCAAGAGGAUCAAGUUUAGCCAACAGGAGUCGAUGUUGUCUACCACGACAACACCGGACUCGGUCUGAACGUACGUGUAACUGGUUCCGUACAUUUCGUUGUUUCUGUACAAAUGAAUAAAGAACCGUCGUCUCGAAGCCAUUACUGUUAGAUGAA